AUGGCUCCUUUUCAACUACCCAAUAUCUUUAUCUAUCUUACUGGAAUUGUUAGACCCAAGUUGCUAAGGCCUCAUAUAAGAGUACCCAGUAUCGCUCAAGUCGAUUUCAGAUCUUUGAAGAAAGAGGGAUACAAUGCAGUGGUAGUGGAUAAAGAUAAUUGUCUGACUUUACCUAAUAGAGAUGAGAUCUAUCCUCCUUAUCAGACCGCCUGGAACGAUUUGCUGCAGACAUUCGAACCUGGACGAGUAUUGAUCGUCUCCAACUCAGCUGGAACAAGGAAAGAUCCAGGUGGAAUAGCUGCCGAAUCAGUUUCUCUGUCCCUCCGAGCUCCUAUCCUAAUCCACUCACAGAACAAACCAGGUUGUUCUAGAUCUAUCAUAUCAUAUUUUAAAGGUCAACUAGGUCAACCGAUAACGAACCGUAAGAGGAUAAUCCAAGGUAGUGAGAAGGUAUGGAAGGAUGAACAAGAGGAUGAAAAGAUGUUAUGGGAAAGAUGGGAGGAUGAAGUGGUUCAAAAACCUUUAUUGGGUUAUGGUCAGGAUCCUACGUCAGCUCGUAAAGGUGAUAGAGUCGCUGUGGAACGUAAUCCCAAUCCUAUAUCUGAAUCGGCAGGGGAAGAUUCACAGCAGUCGAAAGAAGUGGGGGUUGGAGUGGAUGAUUUGAAGAUUUUGGUGAUUGGAGAUAGAUUAUUCACAGAUACACUCCUAUCUCAUAGAUUAUCAUUACACUUACCGAAACGCAAGGAGGAAGGGGUAUUACCAUCGGUAUUAUCAAUCUAUACUACUUCUCUACCGCAACCUAAAGAUGUAAGAAUACUAAGAUGGAUAGAAGAGAAAUUAUCUAAAAGUCAGAUUCAACCUAUACCUGGGAACUUCAGCCAUCGAUUUAUAUUGAAAUCGCAAGAAGAGGAAGAAGCAGAAAAGAAUCGACAGAUGUCUGAUAAGGAAGUUAAGCGGAAUGGUAUAGUAGAAGCUUUGAGAUGGUUUACACCAAGUAGAUGGAGGGAGUUUGAUAGGUCCUUACCACCUUUGACGAUACAUCCAAAAAGUUGGAAACCCCUUCCUGCCCUUGUGGGGUUUAGCAAAUCAUUUGUAUAUGCUAUAGUCUUAUUGGUAAGGUAUGGUCUGAGAGGAGCGAAGAAAAUACGAGGUUAUUUCAAAAAGCAGAUUGAACUUGCUAGAGCUAAGGCUAAGCGGAUAGAUAGGGAAAAGGCGGAAGAGAGUAAGCAAGGGCAAGGGGUGAUAUGGCAUGAGAGAAUAUAA